AGUGACCAACUCUGGCUUACAUUCUGAUCAGCACAUGUCAGGUCAGUGCCACAGUAAGAUGACAAGUCAAACACAGGGUGCUUUUCAACCAUGAGAGCUAGAUAGUGUUGUUGCUCCCUGAGUGUCAGGUCAUUGGGUUCCUUCUUCAUUGACAGCAUUCAAGGUCAUGUCCUGCUAUGUUCAACACAUUUGACAUUUUUCUUUACUGCCACAUCUUCUCAACAUUUCGUUUUAUUUAUAGUCAUCGAUAGGUAUCAGCCUGUCACUAGCAAACACGGCAGAGGUCUGGCAUAUGGACUCUGGUUGAAGGGGGUGGGGCUUUGACCUGACCAUGUUGCAUUGUGAGAGGAGAUUGACAGAUUGUGUUGUGUGGACUUAAAAGUGUAAUCCUGUGAAGGGAGAAGGUUAAUUCUGCCAGCAGCAACACACAAAUCCUGCUGUGUCGACUGAUGCUGGGUCUGGACGCAUUUUGUGAGGUGGUGACAUGUCCAUUCUUGUCCGUAGCUAACCUUUCACCAUCUACACUGUAUUUGGGAAUCAUCCUUUCGUGAGUUGAUCAAGUUAAUGAAGAAUGUUCUGAUCUGAUUGUGUCCUUCUACAGACUGGCAGCCAUGCUGCCCAGUUUUGUGGAAGGUCUUUUCUGCUGCCUCACCUCCAAGUCGGCCAACGUGGUGGUUCCAGUCGAGACGUCUGAACCGUCUGACGGUUAUGAGUUUUUGGAGGUGAAACCAGGUCGAAUCCUACGAGUUCGACACAUCAUUCCGGACCGAACAUUGGAGGAGGAGACCAUGAGUUUGGGUGGGAGCAUCAGCUGCAAACGAAAGAUCACAGUUUAUCGCAAUGGGCAGCUUUAUAUAGAAAACUUGGGUGAGAGGACCAAUUCAGAGACCAAGAGCAGCCAAAAUGGACAAACAGAGGCCAACAACACAGUAGAGGUUGACUUAGUAGACAGUGUUAAAACCUCUGAUGCCCCUGACCUAAUGGAUCCCAAGCUAAACACUCAAGAAGCCAAAACAGGAGUGGCAGCUGGUGCCAGUCAGGCGGAGCUUCCCCAGCAGCCCAAGAAGAGCAGGCGGAAACCGAAACGGACAGUUGUAAUUGAUUGUGAGCGGCAGAUAUCGUCCUGCAAAGGCACUCACUCAGAUGUGGCCCUCUUCUUCAUCCAUGGAGUGGGCGGUUCUCUGGACAUCUGGGGGAAUCAGCUAGACUUCUUCUCCCGACUGGGGUAUGAGGUGAUUGCGCUGGAUCUGGCAGGUCAUGGUGCCAGCUCAGCACCUCAUAUAGCAGCAGCUUACACCUUCUACGCCCUAGCUGAGGACAUUCGGCUGAUCUUCAGGAGAUACGCGCGCAAGAGGAAUAUUCUAAUCGGACAUUCUUACGGUGUGUCCUUCUGCUCCUUCCUGGCACACGAGUACCCAGAUCAGAUCCACAAGAUGGUGAUGAUCAAUGGUGGUGGACCAACAGCACUGGAGCCCAGCGUGUGUUCCAUCUUCAACUUACCCACAUGCGUGCUUCAGUGUCUGUCGCCGCUGCUCGCCUGGAGUUUCCUCAAGGCAGGGUUUGCUCGGCAUGGGGCGAAAGAAAAGCAGCUGCUGAAAGAAAACAAUGCCUUCAAUGUUUCAUCUUUCGUGCUGCGAGCCAUGAUGGGCGGUCAGUAUUGGCCAGAGGGAGAUGAGGUGUACCAUGCUGAGAUCACUGUGCCCACCCUGCUGGUGCACGGCAUGCAUGACAGGUUUGUCCCUGUUGAAGAGGACCAGCGGAUGGCUGAGAUUCUCCUCCUGGCAUUUCUGAAGGUUCUGGAAGACGGCAGUCAUAUGGUGAUGAUGGAGUGUCCAGAGGCCGUCAACACGCUGCUGCACGAGUUCCUGCUGUGGGAGCCGGCAACGCCUCUGCUGCCAAAGAAAACACGUCCGGAGACGGCAAAGACCCAAUCUGACACAGGCAAAGUAGCAACCGACCUUGCUAAGGUCCGGCCUGCCACUGCCUUGCAACCCUCAUCAAAUUGGACUGACACCAAGGCCAAGAAAUGACAUCAGAAGCACUUGAUUGAAUUGAACUGAACUGAGAUAUAGAGGGCAGCUUGGUGGGAAGUUCGUGAUCAACCACCUGGUGUCUGAUGAGCAGCGUUAGCAGGUGGUGGUGUUUAACCGCCAUGGCAGCUUCCCACUGGUGUGGAGUAGUCACACUUGUUGAAGUCAAGUCACGUCACUGGGCACUCUUCUCUUGUGUGUGGUGGGUGUCUGGUGCACAUCAGGGGUUCAAGAGACUCUUUUGAUGGAAGUGCCUUGAGAAAGAAUGGGGUCAUCAAUGGUGCGUACCACUCAUGGACUCCUAAGCCAGAUCAGCUGAGCACAUGAAUACCAUACCAGAAGUAGGGAAGGGAGUUUGAGUGGUUCUCAUUAUCCGGACAAAUAGUAGCCAAAGGUAAAUCUCCUCCAAGUGUAAUCAACAUGACAUGGCAGACAUGCAUGUAGGAUGAGGUUGAAAAUGUCCAUUCACAAAGGCUAUUGUCAGGAGCUGUGUAUGCACGGAAUCCAAGUGCAAGUGGUAACCAGCAGCAAAGAGACUCGACAACGAGAAUACAAUUGAACAAUUUAUUAAUUCAGGAAAUAACCCAGGACAGAAGGGUCAUUGAACAGGUCAUUGAACCGGCAGGAAAACGCAAAGGAGAGAGAGAAAUCUGAGGGAGAAAUCUGGACAUGGAACAAACAGACUCAAAACAGAAACACAAUCACAUGGUGAUAUCACUCUUGGAGAAAUAAUUGUUACUGAAAGCCCUCUAACGGGCUUUGCGAUUGGGUUAUCCACUCUGAGGAUCUGCCUCAUGCCUGAGAAUUGAUUGGUCCAGGUAGACUCCGCCUCACCCAUAAAAAAAAAACAAAAAAAACAACAUAUUCAUAGAACUUAAGUUACAUUCAGUAACUAUUAUUUCUAUGCCAUUUCUAUGUACACACGCAGCACAAGAGUCAAACUCCAUAAUGUGCUGUGCUCCCAGACAGUUAGACAUUGGUCGUGAGUAGCUCCUUCCUCCAGAAAAGUGUGGCAAGUAGUACAAGUCGCUCGCAUCGCAGGGUGAGGGUGAUCAUCCAGAUAGAAAAAGGAACACGAUUCUACAGGAUGAGUGACUAAAGGACAUGAAUGGUGCUGAACAGAGAGUUUUAAUGGGAGAGGUGGAGCCUACCUGGGCAGAGAGUUAAGACAAUUGCUCAAGGCAGAGAGUUGGAGUGGAUAAAACAAUAGCGAAGCCCGUUAGAGGGUGGAGCAUGUAUGAUGUAGAACAAGUACAUGAACGCAAAAUACACACGACAGUCAGACACGAUCACGAUCGCAAUGAUAAAUAUAAUCCAGUUAAAAACAACGAAGUCAAAAAUGCACACACAGGAAAGAGGGAGGAAUGGGGGAAGGAGGGAGAAAACUGUUUGCUCCUGGUGGAAACACAACAGCAGAAAAUAUAGGCAGAACAAAGGGAAAGAAAAUGGAAAGCGGGCGGCGGUACAGAACUGACUCACGUAUAAAUGUAACUGUUAAAGCUUAAGGACCAAAGAAGUGAAAACAAAGUAAGAAUGCACCGGGAAUAACCGAGAGUGACGAUUUGACGCACAGCACUGGAACAGCAGAGCAGAUGAGCAGGUGUCGUUGAUUGCAAGCUCAAUCCUGUGUGUGUGCCAUUAGCAGGUCAGGCUCGGACGUGCAGGUCGUGUCAGCCUUUCUGAUACUUGACCCUGUCAUCUAGCAGCUGUCCUGAUCAUACUGAACCGCCAUAUUUCAGAUUGAGGUCCCUCUUCACAUUGUGCCGACAUCAGCAAAGGCCAUCGAGAAGUUUGCAGCAUUCAUAGCAAUCUGCCUCAACACUGUCUAAACCAAAGGUCAGCACUGACAUUGCCCGCAAAAUAGAGACAAAAAUCAGACUCGUAUUACAAGGACGCGCAGUUUGGGACAGCCCUCCGCCAUUGGUGUUUGCAUUUAGUGAUGGUUGAAUUCCAUCUCAAAGUUACCUUGUUUGUUGCAGCAGUCAUUUCAGUGAACCAUGCACAGCAAAUACAAGUGUUGGCACAGAAGAUUCGGCUAACCAUUCACAGCCAUGGCACACAUACCCAGCUCUGCAGCUCACCACACUGACAUCUGUAGUUACGGCAUAGGUGUAAUGCACCAAGCAUAAUAGGUUAGUUUAAAAUCGAGAUCCCACUGAAUCUCAUGUCAUCAGUAUAUAUACAUAUAUAUUUUGACUGCAAUUGAGUUUCCCUUUCACUCACCUUUUGAUUUCACAUUUUUCCUCAUAUUGGAUAUAUUGCAUAAAUACAACUGAUUCUCUCAAUCACACUUUUCUACAAAAUCAGGGAUAAAGCUUUUGUGUCAUCGCCGAGGUCACAUGGUUUAAUUUUACAAACAAUCCGGCGAGUUAUGGAUAAUUAUAUCGACUGUCAAUAUAUAUCUUAACACAUGAAUGAUCUUGUAAAUAUUAAUUUAUUCAAAACGUUGAUGCCUUUUCUUUAAUAUUUCACUGUUUUAUAAAUAUUUGAAUGUUAUUGUUGAGCCUUUGUUUUGAUAAAUUUGAUUAAAAUUAACUCAUGUUUUGGUACUCGUCUGUAGAUGGGUCUGAUCCCAAUGUUCCACUUGUAUCAGUAGUCCAUUAAAGUUUCUAACUUUUGCCUUCCGAGUAUGUACAUGUUCACU